ACCACAGUUACCGCAGUCUUACCGUCCCUGCCCCGGUUGCUGCGACAUAAUGCGGGCGCCCUGAAACAAAGAUCUAGACGUACACCGUCGCCUGUCUCGUACGACUCAGUAUCCCUAUCUUUCUCUUCUGCGCUUGCACUCGUCGAGCACUGGUACUCGUCGCGACUCCUUGAUGCUGGCGCCCAGCCACCGCGUCCGUCGGCCCAGAUUCAUCUGAGGACAACGCAAGCGUCUGCGCACCUCAGAUGACCAAAUUGCUCUUGUUCUGGCAGAUGCCUGACACGGGUCGCACCUCCCUUGCAGUCUGAUGUGAACAAAGCAUCGUACCUCGACCGAUUGAGAACGAUUGUCCAAACGGAUGCCCCCGGACUGAAUGUCUGCAUCUAUACCGACCCCGGUCACGCCGCCCCCUUUUGCCGCCAUACCUGCUUCCGACGUCCAACCAUCGCUGUCUUUCUCAACCACCCUGAGCCGGAAAUAGAUCAAGGGAAAGAAGAAUGGCAUUCAUCCAAGACCCCCGCCUCCGCCAGCGCUGGAACCAGAUCUCCCACACCACCGAGGCCGUGACCGAGAACGCCGCCGCCGAGAUCUGGACCUUCGGCCACCGCUACGUCAACCCCUGCCUCGCCUCCUUGGCGGCGGCCGCCGACUCGUGCACCGGCAUCUGCCUGGGCGGCGACCGCGAGGAGCGCGCUCGCCGCGCGCGCGAGCGUGACAGGGGUGCCCGCCGGUCCAGGGCGCGGACCCAGGCGCCGGAGUAUAGUUUUGAUUUCUACGACGACUGGGAGGAGGACUUGGAUUUCGGGGAUGGGUUCCCUGGGUAUGACAAUGACUACGAGGACGGGGUCGUUGGUGGUGUUGGCGGGAGUUCUAGCGGGGGCGGCGGUGGUGGUGGCUUGAACUGGGAUCGGCUGCUCGCGGGAACCGGGUCCGGGCAUAGAGGGCGGGCGCACGGGGUUGGCGGGGAUGUGACGGUGGUGGACCAACCGAAGAGAAAGAGGGGGAUGAGUUAUGGGACGAGAGGAGGAGUGAGGCGGAAGGUGUCCGGCGAAGAAGAUCCGAAUGUGAUUCCGCGGACGGCACCGUUGGGAUUUCUGGGGCGGUUGCCCUUCAAGAUCGUGGGUUCGUUAAGGUAUAAGCCGUCGGCGGCUAAUCUAAAGGAACAUCCUACUGGAGUGGGGACCGCCCAGGAGUAUCGUGCUAGUGGAGGCAGGGGAGAGGAGAAUGAGCCGCUCCUGGGCACUAGCGAUGAGGGAGAUACAGGGCGCUACUCAAAGGGCUCGCCGCGACAGAGACCGAGGAGCAAUACCACCCUUUCGGGGGACACGUCUAGUUCCUAUCGAUCAAGAGGGGAUCUGUUCCCAAGCGAUGGCGAGGGAGACGAGGACGCGGUGCCACUGGAUGAUGAGUUUACGAUGGCAUUGGAACGGGUUGAUGACCGGGGCAGCACCAAAACACGAAGCAGCAAAGGGAAGCGUCCCGCCGAUAGGGAAAGGGAUAAAGGCCUGUCAAGGUCAGUUUCACGGACUACAAUAUCGUCAACGAACACACGUGGAAGUUACAGGAGCGAGAGCAACCCUCUGUCCGCCUCACGAGAAGUGGGGGAUGGGAUACUGGAACCGUCGCUAGAAGACCUCCAGCGUGAAGAAGAAGAAGCCGAGAGAGAAGAACACCAGGAAAUUGAGCGGAGACGGAGGGCUGCCUCACGCUUGGCGGCAGAGCGUGGUCUGAGUCAGAAUGAUAUUCCCGGCACUAGGGAGACGGUUGAAGAGACAAAGGUUAGCUCGUUCCACGAUGAAGGGGCGCCGCCGGAAGAGUCUAUGCCGAAAGCGAACGGAUCGAUAUUGGACGAUGGGGAGGCCGCAAGGGUAGAAGAACCGAAGCCUCACACGACUGCGCCUCCAGAACCUACACCGUCACAAACGGAUAAAACGGAUGCGCAGCCGCGGAAAGAAAGCACAUUUGUGCCUGCGCGGUUGCCUCACUUUAGCUAACGCCCGGUACAGAGUAACCCGGACACGAGAACGGGGAAUCGUACUUGUCAUGAUGCCCUAACGGAUGAUGGGGCUGUGGCAGGACAUUCACACAUCAUUUGCAAGAGUCCUCGAAGGUAGAGUGCACGAAGAGCCGCAGGCCAAAGGAUAGUACAGUAGUUAUUUCAGGGGAGAAAGGAGACCAAAUGAUACCCGCCAGACGCUAUUUAUACUUCGAGUCGGAUUGAUAUUGGUGCUUCUUGAACGCCCCUACGAGCCAUGAUAGAUGAUGCAUGAUUAUGGCUGCUACCUGCGUCUACUGUGUAAUCUCC